AUAAAAUAUUAAGGACUGUCAUUUGAAAAAAGAAUCCUUAAAUAGUGAUUUCCUCUUCAAUGAUUUAAAGGACUUAAGAACUAUUUUCAAGCAAGAAGAGCAAGUUCAUAUAUUUCCUGUAUUCUAAAGAAAUUGAAAUGGAUUCAAGCGAAAAAGAGUGCUUAGAACAGUACAAAAAUGUAUCAUUAAUCGAUCCCUUUUGCGCGGCCGCAUGGGAUUCCUUCAUAUGCUGGCCACCUCUCUCCCCCGGGGAGAUGAUGAACAAGCCCUGCCCCCAAAUGGACACCAAAGGAACCGUCAUUGGUGAUGCUACACAUCCAGGCAUGUUUGCAGUGCGGAGUUGCGCCGAAAAUGGAAGCUGGGUGGAAAAUCGGACCAAUUUCAGCCUCUGCAUCACAAACAUGGCUAUGGCAUUUAUGGAAAAAUGCUGUCUGAAAUGCAGUCGCUUGAAGGUGCACAGGAACUUAUCGAUUGCUCUCCUCCUCAAUCUCAUGCUUCUGAUCGUCACCUCCUCGCCAGUCCUUUUAAAUGUUUCGUACAAGCACACGGAAUGGUUGUGCCGGGGUGUUCUCAUUCUGCAGAUGUACUCUGGGAUGGCCAGCAUCAACUGGAUGUUCGUUGAAGGGUUGUUGCUGCACAGUAGGGUCACCGUCCACAUCUUCAAGCAAGACGCACCCUUCAAACUCUAUUAUUGCAUUGGAUGGGGCAUUCCUGCGUUAUGCAUCGGAAGUUGGUGUUCGCUAAUGUAUAUGUACCACAACACGCCAUGCUGGUCUGGCUACGGAGAUUUACCCUACAUCUGGGUGAUUACGGGACCUAUGUUGGCAGCUUUGCUGGUGAACAGCGUAUUUUUGGUGGACAUAAUCCGAGUACUGGUGACGAAGCGACAUGCCAACUUUUCGACGGAGACCAACCAAGUCAGGAAAGCUAUUAAAGCCACUGCUUUGUUGUUUCCCCUUCUCGGCAUUCCCCACUUGUUGUUCUGCAUCAACCCGAAAGAUAAUGGAAAACUAGAAGAGGCCUACAUGAUCGUCAACGCCUUCGUCAAAUCCUCACAGGGUCUUUUUGUGUCCGUUCUUUACUGCUUCAUGAACAAUGACGUACAAACAGCUCUUCGCAAAGCUUACAUGCGGGCCAUCAUCCGCCGGAACCCGAACCAUCGCUAUACCUGUAGGACCAGAGGUAUGUCUCAGACAUCCGGGACAUACCUGUCCCACUCGGAUGGCAACAUCCUUGGAGAGCCGGGGGGUAGGAAGAUCGGGACAUCCAGGACCGUCUUGAGACUACAGGAGCCCCCCAGCCGCAGCGAGAGCAAGUCCAGGUCCGAGUACAUGACGGUCAUUUUCUGAAGGCAUUUCAUCAUCGAUGUUUUUUGGAUCCUGUUUUUAUGUGCUUCUAAGUGUUUUAUAUGCUUUGUCC